GCCGGUAACGAGCCGCGGGUCACUUGGUUUUCUCUGUUAAUAUAUCGUUAUAGUCUAAGGAGUUAAUUAGUGUUGCUGCCUUCAUUUAAGUGAAAUAAUUAUUAGGUGCCUGAGAUGACUAUUUCUUUAAUACAACGGUGUUAGUGUAUGUGUUAAGUUUGAAGAACGGUGUACUUAAUUUUUGUUUAAGUCAGAAUGGACCUAAUUCACAUAAUGCAAUUCGGCUAUGCUAUUAUGAUAGCAACAUUUAUUCUUAUGAUUUGGGUCUCCAUAGCAGAAUCCAUAGAUUUGGGAGCAAGAAAAGCCUGUCGAUUUAACUCAUUAUGCACUUGCACAUAUCCUAGUAGUUCAAAUAAUGACUUAGGAUCCGUCACUUGCAAGGACGUGCAUUUAGCACGUAUUCCAGAAGAGCUAAAUGAAAAUGACGUUUAUGAGUUACAUUUGGAAAACAAUAACUUGUGGCACUUGGAGCCGAAAUUUGUACAUAAAUCAGCAAAGUAUUUAGUUGUACGAAAUAACCCUCUAUACAUAAUACCAGAUAAGACAUUUUAUGAUAAUGUAGAGCACUUAGAGUUGAGUUACUGUGGGCUUACAGAAGUUCCUUACCGAGCGUUAACAAAUUUGGAACACCUAACGCUUUUAGAUUUAACAGGAAAUAAUAUAAGGGAAAUUUUAUCUGAUCACUGGAAAGGUUUUAAAGACAGCCUGGAAAAGCUCAUAUUAGCAGAAAAUUCCAUUACACAAAUUAGAAUGAAUACUUUUUCAAAUUUAAGAACGGUUAAGCUAAUUGACCUUAGUGGAAAUAAUAUAUGGGAACUUGAACCACUUUUAUUUUUUCAAGGAACACCACAGCUAUUGCACCUCGAUUUAAGUGAUAACCAACUUUCAUCCGUACCAUAUCAAGGUCUUAAUCCUCUCAAGAAUCUUAAAGUAUUAGACUUAAGUUACAACAGAAUACAUGACCUAUUACCACCCCCUGACGCAGGAAUCAAUAACAAACUAGACUUUAAACUCGACAUUUUACGACUUGAGUAUAACCAAAUCGACGUACUAGAAAACUCAUCAUUUGGAUAUUUUAAUGAUAUCAAUGAAGUUUAUUUGGAUGGAAAUAUAAUAUCUAUGAUUGAAACUUCUGCCUUUAGGCAAGCCAAAAUACGCAAACUUUAUUUACGAACUUGCGGCCUGUCUAAUUUUUUACCAACUACUUUCACUGGACUUGAAGGUCAAUUGGAAGUGUUGGAUUUAACUGGAAAUAACAUAAAUUCUUUUCCCAAAGAUAUUUUUAAGAGGUUCUUCAGUAUAAAAGAGUUCAUUAUAGCAGAUAACCUUGUUACCAACCAAAUAGACAUACUUAGUCCAUUUGAAAGCACGCUAGAUCACCUAGACUUGAGCGGAUCGAAAAAUUCUCCAGUUAAUAUCCAGGACUUAAAACGAAUUCCACAAUUAAGAAAACUGACCUUGUCAAGACUUUCUGACCCAAAUAUUGGACCAUCUGAUUUUGAAAAUUUUGGUGCACACCUGGAAGAAAUAAAAGUCACCUUUGCCAAUUUACAGAGCAUCAAAAGUAAUGCGUUUAGGCACCUGCGAGGCCUUAAGUUUAUUGAUUUUAGUGAUAAUAAUAUUGGAACCAUUGAAAAUAAUGCAUUUUUUGACGUCGCUCAUUCUCUCGAACACCUUUGCCUGGCACACGCAUUUUCAUCUUCAUUCAGUAACGUACCCAGUGAUGGAAUUAAAGUACUUACGAAGUUAAAAACGUUAGAUUUAAGCAAUAACAAAUUCAGGACUCUUAAAGAGGAUACUUUUUAUUCGAUGCACGAUAUUAGAGUCCUUGAACUGCACGAUAACUUAUUAGAAGUUUUACAUCGUGGAACUUUUCAGGGUAAUAUACACACAAACUUGGAACAAAUUUAUCUGUCUUUUAAUGAUCUAAGGACAAUAUCACAAAAGACUUUUGAUGAACUGCCGAGACUGCAACAAAUACAUUUGGAUGAUAAUAAAAUUGAAAGUAUAGAUCCGUUGGCGUUUAGCAGUGUUACUGAGCUAAAAUAUCUUAACUUAAAAGGGAAUAAGAUUUUAUCAGUGGGAUCCAAAGCAUUCCACAAACUGCUUCAUUUGGAGUAUCUGGAUAUGUCCUUCAAUAAAAUUAGCAAUUUAGAUUUUUCCUGGUUUGAUGACGAAACCGGUCGGCUAUCUGUAUCUCUGUUUCAACUGAAUGUGAGCCAUAAUAAUUUGAAAGAGCUUCUAAGCAACUUAGGAGUUUGUCCCUACUGCCCAGGUUCGGAAACAAGAAGAAUCGGAGUCUUAGACUUAUCUUUCAACAAUAUCCAGAAUAUUUCCGAGGGAUUUUUUGAGCCAGUCAAUAGCUCUCUGAAAAGACUGCAUUUGGGACAUAAUCAAAUAAUGAACGCCACCGGCAAAGUGUUUGGUGCAAUGAAGUAUUUACAGUGGUUAGACCUUUCUUGGAAUAGUAUUUUUGAGAUGGAGUUUGAUAUGUUUGAUAGAAGUCGUAGGAUGGAUUUACAGGUGUUGGAUGUAUCUCAUAAUAAAAUAAGUUCUAUUAACAACGGUGUUUUCCAAAAUCUGAAUCAACUGCAAAUUGUCGACAUGUCCCAUAAUCGAUUGCGAACAUUGCCUAAAGAGUUGUUUAAAAGAACAGCAUUGGAAAAACUUGACUUAUCACAUAACAUGUUAAGUAAAAUUCCUUGGAAUAGCUUUAGUGACUGUGGACGAACAUUAGCUGAGCUUGAUCUGUCUUGGAACUCGAUUUCUUCGCUAUCCUUUGAGACGAUGCAAUUUGAAAAAUUACAUUUUCUGGAUAUAUCCUAUAAUCAACUGGCCCAAAUUGAUAUAAGCAGAUCGUUUAAUGUAAUGCCAAGGAUGGUGUAUUUGGACUUAAGCCAUAAUACUCAAUUAAGUUUUGAGUCGAAUUCGAAUAAGUCUCAAGAAUAUGAUUCAUUACUGCAUUUGAAGAUAGACAAUGUAUCUCUUAUUCAGGUGCCACUAUCGAAACUACCCUUUUCAAAGUUAGCCACUCUUUCACUAGCCAAUAACCAGUUAAGUAACAUACCAAAUGAAAUGGUAAUGAAAAUGCCUAAUUUACAAAGCCUCAAUGUAAACUACAAUAGUAUCACAUCGAUUCCUCUUCAGUUACAAUCUUUUGAAGAGUUAAGAUUUUUGUCAAUGAUGUCUAACCCGAUCACCACCUUGACAAACACUAGCUUAACAAAUUUAAUUUUGGAGGAGCUAGAUAUGAGAAAUUUUGAUUUAACUACAUUUCAGAUGGGAGUUUUUUGCUGCAAAAUGUGCUCACUAAGAACAUUAAGGAUGAACUUAUACACGGGAUUAAAGACUUCUUUUAAUAUUACUUCUCUAUUGCAGUGGAGUUUUGGACUAAGAAAUUUAGAAAUUCAUGUUGAUAGACACAGUGAUAGUGAUUUAAGCAAAGAAAUGGUCGGAGAUUUGCCGCCAAAGAUAAGAAAUAUCACAUUUUCUGGAAGAGGCUUAAAAAAAUUGGGACCAACUAUCCUUAAAGGUGUUCAAUUUCCAAAACUUCGUAUUAACCUUAGAAAUACCAGCAUCAUAAAAGUGUCUGAAGAUUUAUUUAAGAAUAUUGACAGAGCCCGAAAUAUUACUGUAGAUGUUCGAAACAACCCUGAACUAACGACUCUUAUGAAUCCUUCUACUACCUCUCAACCGAAUCGGUACAAGGAAACGUUUCUUAUGGACUUAAAAAUUAUUGGAAAUCGAUGGGAUUGUGAUUGUGACUUGGGCUGGAUCGAAUUUUGGCAAAGAAGAUAUCGACAAUUCAUCUGUCCGGCCAUAAACCCAACAACGACUUUCGAUAUUGAUGACUUUGAGAACACUUGCAGACACACUCCUGACGAACUCAGAAUGGCCAUAUGCGUCAAUAAGAACAACAACUCCAUCGCAGAAGUCCUGAAAACUGACUUAGAGUGUGGGUGGAGUUCAGCACCUGUAAUUCGAAGUUUGAAUUUUCUGUUUGUGGGUUUUGUCGCGACAACAGUUCACUUUUUGGUCUAAUGAUUUUUGAAGACUUUUGUAUUUUGUGCUUAUAUAAAAUCUGAAUCUUUUAAAAAUAUGUUCAUCGUUUUUUUUUAAUGUUGAAGUGAGAAUGAACUACUUAAAAUAUUAUGUUUUCUUUGUAUUUAAUUGGACUAUUGUUUAUUAGCCUAUAAGUUAAAAAAACGACUCACAUAUAAAGAUACUUUUAUUAAGUCUUUAGAUACUGCCGCAUUCAGGUGUUAUUUAUAAUAACUAUCUGUAUAUUAUAUACCCAUUUAAGAGUAA